UGGCUGUUAUGUGCAUUAUAGAGUCUGAUUUACAUUCGAUAAUAAUAUAAAUAAUAAUAAUAAAAUAAUAAUAAAAGUAGCAGUAGAUUAGCGAUAAAAUAUUAUGAAGAGAUAAUAAAUAUUUAUAUAAAUAAACUAUAUUAUACAUAUUACACGUAUUUAAUACUACUACUACUACUACUACUACUACUACUACUACUACUAUAACAACAAUAACAGCAAUAAUAAUAACAAUAAUUUUUGUAAACAUGACGUCAUCGUCGUCGUCACCAUCACCAUCUAGCUGGGAAGAAGUUGACGGAGAAAUUAUAAUGAAAGUGCCAAAUAAGUUUAUGAAUUUUCCGCUAGGCUUUGCCACUGAUGCCGGAGCCUCCAUAACGAAACUGGCAUACAGAUCAAAAAAAGAUUACAAUAAAGGGCAAUUAAUCACGCCAUCAGAUUACGGCUUGUUGCGUCUCAGAAUUUUUAAAAUGGCGGACGUAUGUCAAAUCGUCGACUUCCUGAAAGAGAACUGUGACGUCAUGGAAACAGGAAAUGGAAGUGGGUUUGAAAAUGUCACGUGGUACAUGACUGGUGUUAUUACGCAGCACUUCAAGGCUAAACUUGAGGAGGAAUUCGGAAUUAAAACAAAACUUUGCUCAGAGGUGCUAGGCAUUCAAGAAAUCGUAAAAGUAUCAUCCGACAUUAAGUUAGGCUGCUACGAACUCGAUUCCAAAGCAUUCAACCUGGCCACUGCCAGAGUCCAGAUGAUGGCGAAGGCAAUCAACAAAGUAUUGGUACUUGAAAGUAAUAGACAGGAAGCAGAUGAUUUCAAGAGAAAAAAUGAUUGCUGCGUAUGUGCUAGCGGUGAAGAGUUGAAAGAAUCAGAAAUUUCCCAAACAUCUUCAAAUUCCAAUUUUAAGGGUCCUGUUAUGGAGUUAUUAUCGACAGCAAACUAUGCAGAAUGGGCCGAAAAAUAUUUGAAGUCUUCGUCGAAUCAAUUUGUCGCUCAGUCACUAUUUGUGCUCUUCGGAUCUGCUACAGUUGUCUUACUGGCGGAUGAAGAAUUUAACAUGAAAGGAGUUGAUUUUUCAGGGGCAGCGGGCAAGACGUUGUCAGGUUUGGUCGAAGAAAUGCUCCACCUACAGGACUUCGACGAGUUCAUAAAAAUGGCGGAAAGAGGCAACAUGAACAAAGUGAACGGUUUGAUGUCUGAUUUGAAGAAUUGCGAACACAGAGAGGAAGACUGGUACUCAUUCUUCCCUGACGACUACCCCACCUUCGAACUUGGAAAACUCACCACAGCCAAUGCCAAAGGAAAAGGGAUUUACACGAAAGAUGAUUUGGCAGCAGGCAUUUUAAACUUCCAGGCAUCCAGUCUCAGCAAAUUCGCAUUCCACAACUGCUGUAUCCACAAGGUUGAUCGCGUUUACUUCUGUGGCUCCCUUAUGAAGUAUGACGUCGCUAGGAGCAUGAUUGCCACAAAUUUCUUGACCGAAUCAUUUUGGCAUAGCCUCGAAGGGGUUGGUUUGAUGAAGCCAUUCUUCGUUCAUCAGCCCGGAUUCUUGGUGGUUCUUGGACUGUGGGCUGAUAACGUCAAGUUAACUAAGCUAAUGACAGAUAACUUUUGAUUGUAGCAGAAAUGAUAUUAAUUAUUAUUACAUUUUAUUGAUAAUUUUCUGAAAAUAUAAAUACAAAAUUUCGUCGUCAAUCGAAUUUUUGUUGUUUUAAAA